GCCGAGUCUAAUCAGUUACAGAUCAGUCAGUCGAGUAAGGAUGGUUGGUGUGUGUAGUAUAGUAAGAGGUGCGUGCGUUAUUUAAAUAAUGAACUGACCUUUAAUGUGACCUCUUAAAAACAGUAAACAUAAAGUGGCGGUCAUUUAUUUAAACUAAAGUGGUACCAAAUAAAUUAUAUUCUUAUCAGGAGUAAUACAUUCAAAGAUCCUCCCUCGAUGUCCCUCAACGCUCCAGGAUGGAAUUGACGCAACAAUCGCCUCUGGAAGUGUCGGGGUGUGGCAGAAGAAGGAAUAAACGCAACGACACCAUGUAACUCCAAGACUGACUCUCUAAUUUCCAAUGGGUGCCAACAUGGGCAAGAACACAUCGCUCCUUGAUGCGUUGCCAUCAGGUCAGGGCACCCUCCACGUGGUGAUGCUAGGUUUAGAUUCGGCGGGGAAAACGACCGCCCUUUACCGCUUAAAAUUCGACCAGUACCUGAACACAGUUCCGACGAUAGGCUUCAACUGCGAGAAAGUGAAAGGAAUGAUCGGGAAAGCCAAAGGUAUCAACUUCCUGGUGUGGGACGUGGGCGGCCAGGAGAAACUACGGCCUUUGUGGAAGUCGUACACGAGGUGCACGGACGGCAUAGUGUUCGUUUUGGACAGCGUAGACGUCGAGCGCAUGGAAGAGGCGAAAAUGGAGCUCAUAAGGACGGCCAAAGCGCCGGAAAACUCCGGAGUGCCCAUAUUGGUGUUGGCCAACAAGCAGGACCUUCCGGGGGCGCGGGAACCGCGCGAGCUGGAGAAGCUCCUGGGACUUACCGAACUGGGAAGCGGAGGGGGGCAUUUGUGGCACGUUCAACCGGCCUGCGCAAUCACAGGAGAAGGCCUACAAGAAGGACUGGAAGUUUUGUACGAGAUGAUUUUAAAACGAAGAAAACUCGCCAAAAUGUCCAAGAAAAAAACGAGAUAAAAAUGUCACGCUGUGAGUGCUUUGUGUAGUCAAUAGACAGUUUUUUUAAUUUUGAGGAUUUUAUGUGAAUCCAACUUUCGGUGCAGUGUUUUCUAUAAUAAUAGCGAUACAGUAUCAAAAUUAGAUUAGUGAGACUUUCGACACGUCCAUUCUGUUAUUUUAUGGAAAACCCCUCUGUGAUAUUCUUAUUGAAAACACUGUUGUACAAGCCAGAAGCUUGCCUCUAUAUGGGAAUAGUGAGUGUUUUAUAUCGAUUUAAACGAAAAUGCAUAGUUUUUUUGAUCUCCCUUGUUAUGAAGACGACAUAAAUUCUAAACUGUAAAUACAAGAAAUGAUAUAGGUAAUUUUUGUAAGCUGUUUUCUUUCGAUGGCAUAGAUCAUAGCAACAAAAGCACAAAAGAAACAAUUUCUCCAUUUUGAGGUGUUUGCAUCAACAUAAUUAUUACAUGUAUUCUCCUGUGCAAGAAACCUAUUGCAGUUUGUUAAGGUUUUACCUUAAUUAUAGUUUGCACGCUUGAAAGUGAAACGAUGAGUAUUAUAUCAUUGUAUAAUGAGAAAGCAGUGUGAAAAAAUACCCAGAUGGUUCCCAUACGCUUUAUUACGUCGAAAUGUGCAAUUCUAGAUCAUAAAUAACUAUUUUCUUGAAUAGAAUUGACACCCAUCUUCUCCACUCAUUCAUUAGCAGACAAUAAGAAGCCUAUUAGAAUAAAUUAACACAGAGAGAGAAGCUUGAGUGCUGCGUCAGUGUAUUAUCUAGCAAAUUGAUAGAUCUUCUUAUCAUUAAGCAUCAUUCAUACAUCGCGAGAGCUUGUGACAAUUCGAUUCAAGAGAGUAGUUUAUUAUUACCAGAACCAAAGGUGCUCAUUUAUUUAUAAGUAGUUUUUAGUUAUCGUCAUCAUCAUGUAUAUUUCCAUUAUUACAUUAAAUUGAGAAUGGGGUCGAUUUUGGCGUUCAUUAUAAUAUCGAUGACUGAAACGUUUUCCACUAUUAGGUACAUAUAUCAUUAACGAUUUGGAGACAUCAUCAAAAGCCAUCCAAUUACUGCUGUGAAAUAUUAUACAUUUCUCAAUUUGAAGUAAUAAUAGUCGAACGACCAAUAUAAACCACCAACUGUUCGAUAUCGGCCUUUACCCUAAAUUUUGCGAUGAAUGUAUUAUCGGUCCUUUAUUCCCAAAUUAUUUUGUUGUUACUAUCCUAUUAAUGUUAAAUUAUUCCUAGAAUUAUAUAAUUAGAAUUAUUAUUCCUGUUGCUCGCCAUGUUUAUAUAACGUAAAUCUGUAAAUAUGUACCUAAAUGUAAUAUAAUUUCUAAACAUUAUUAUUAAACCAUAUUUGUUUUAUAAAAAA